AUGCGAAGGGCCGCUGACCUGAAUCCUGAUGGCCCUUACCUGGUCAUGUCCAUGGACGUGUGGACCGAAGCCCUGAACUUCCAGUUCGUGCAAUGCGCGCUGAGGGGCUGGCCCGGCACCGACUCGCUCACCCCCGGCGAGUGGACGAUCCGCGUGGUGCUCAAGAACGGGGAGCACGGGGACUUCUGCGAAGGCGCGGAGGCGGCGCACGCGCGCUGCAGCCUGCGGACGUCCUGGGGCACGGACCCCGAGAACGUGGUGUGGCGGAGCACGAUGCGCGAGGUCAACACGCUGAUCCAGCUGUGCCGCAAGAGGUACUGGUGCGAGGUCAGGAAGCUCGACAUCGAGCCCCAGGAGGGCAGGGAGGUGCCCCAGGUGUGGCUGUGGAAGACGACCGGGGAGCGCGGGGCGGGCGAGGAGGAGAGCGACGAGGAGGGCGGCGAAGGUGAGGCGGGCGCCGAGGAGGGCGGCGGCGCCGAGGGCGGCGGCGGCGCCGAGGAGGGCGGCGACGCCGAGGAGGGCGAUGGCGAGGGGGGCGGCGGCGCCGAGGAGGGCGGCGGCGCCGCGGAGGGCGGCGGCGCCGAGGAGCCCGGCGGCGAGGCCGCGCCGCCGCCCGGCGAGGAGGGCGAGCCGGAGCCUGACGCGGUGCCCGCGCCGGUGGAGGAGUUCCCGGAUGAGGCCGUGCCAGCUGACGUGGCGCCCGCGCCGGCGGAGCCAGCCGCCGGCGAGGACACGAUCAUCCCGCUGUCGAUCACGGCCCCGGAAACCGACGAGAGCGACGCUGGAGGAGGCCUCUGGGCGACAAACCCACCUGGCCCGUGGAUUGAUCCGGCAGCGGCCGCGCCCGCCACGGCUUAG